GCCGACGGGGUCCAAUCGGCGGCGAGAGCGGCAGGCGGGGCGGGCCAAACGCGGGCUUCCGGCGAGGCCCGGCAGGCGCCGAGGAGGAAGAGCGAUCCCGGACGGCGCGUCUUGAACGAGUGUGGGCGCGGGCCAGGAUGGCGACCUCAGGCGCGCUUUUCCCAAGCCUGGUGCCAGGCUCUCGGGGCGCCUCCAGCAAGUACCUGGUGGAGUUUCGGGCGGGAAAGAUGUCCCUGAAGGGGACCACCGUGACCCCGGACAAGCGGAAAGGGCUGGUGUACAUCCAGCAGACGGACGACUCGCUCAUUCACUUCUGCUGGAAGGACAGGACGUCCGGGAACGUGGAAGACGACUUGAUCAUCUUCCCUGACGACUGUGAGUUCAAGCGGGUGCAACAGUGCCCCAGCGGGAGGGUCUACGUGCUCAAGUUCAAGGCGGGGUCCAAGCGGCUUUUCUUCUGGAUGCAGGAACCCAAGACAGACCAGGACGAGGAGCACUGCCGGAAAGUCAACGAGUACCUGAACAACCCCCCGAUGCCCGGGGCGCUGGGGGCCAGCGGGAGCGGUGGCCAUGAGCUCUCAGCGCUAGGCGGUGAGGGCGGCCUGCAGAGCCUGCUGGGGAACAUGAGCCACAGCCAGCUCAUGCAGCUCAUCGGACCAGCUGGCCUCGGAGGACUGGGUGGGCUGGGGGCCCUGACGGGACCUGGCCUGGCCAGCUUGCUGGGGAGCGGCGGGCCUCCGGGGAGCAGCUCCUCCUCCAGCUCCCGGAGCCAGUCAGCAGCGGUCACCCCAUCAUCCACCACCUCUUCCACCCGUGCCACCCCGGCCCCUUCUGCUCCAGCAGCCACCUCAGCAACCAGCCCGAGCCCUGCGCCCAGUUCUGGUAACGGAGCCAGCACGGCAGCCAGCCCGACCCAGCCCAUCCAGCUGAGCGACCUCCAGAGCAUCCUGGCCACCAUGAAUGUGCCGGCCGGGCCGGCAGGCGGCCAGCAAGUGGACCUGGCCAGUGUGCUGACGCCGGAGAUCAUGGCUCCCAUCCUUGCCAACUCGGACGUCCAGGAGCGCCUGCUUCCCUACUUGCCAUCUGGGGAGUCACUGCCACAGACCGCAGAUGAGAUUCAGAACACCCUGACCUCACCCCAGUUCCAGCAGAGCUGGCAGCUGAGUGGCAUGGCUGUAGGCGCAGCCCAGGGGAAGCUCAGCCCUGCGCCUGGCUCUUCCUUGCAGGCCCUGGGCAUGUUCAGUGCGGCCUUGGCCUCAGGGCAGCUGGGACCCCUCAUGUGUCAGUUUGGUCUGCCUGCAGAGGCCGUGGAGGCCGCCAACAAGGGCGAUGUGGAAGCGUUUGCCAAAGCCAUGCAGAACAACGCCAAGCCCGAGCAGAAAGAGGGCGACACGAAGGACAAGAAGGACGAGGAGGAGGACAUGAGCCUGGACUGACCCGAGUGCCGUCCGCCGAGGGACCGGCUCGGCCCGUGACGUCGGCAGACACCUGCAGUGCAUGGCACACCCUCACCUGUCCUACCCACUCAUAAUAAAGUCUUUUCUUUUACCUGCCAA